UCGUGUAGAAAAAUGUUACAAAAUUAUUGAACAGAGAAAUUAAAAAAAAAAUUAUUUUAUUCAAAGUCCAUCAAAGUGCAUCGCAACAAAAUGCGUAGGCAGCAAUCAGCACCUCUUUCGCAAGAAGAGCCCACCCAGAAGAUACCGAAUUUGGCCCAGUUAACUCCCUAUGAUGUAAUGCGAAUGCAAAACUGCAAAGGCUAUAAGUUUCGAAAGAGUGAAAUGUAUCCAAGCAUCAGGCCGCCAGUAUCCCAGUGUAAUCCCAGCAAAACGAUUGCUUGGUUUUCAAAAACGAUGGAUGCUAACGGCUGUGGAUGCGUGGAUACUCAAUUGUUGAAUAGAAAAUAUAAAAGUUCAACUGUUGAAAACACGGAACUCGUGUCGAAAAAUGUUUUAACUGGUACAGGCAAAGAUAUGUUUAAUCUAUGCAAAAUGAACAAUCAGCGAAGACAGCAAACACAAAAUACCCCCGAAAGGGGUAUCAACAACAUGCUUGACUGGAGCAAAGUGACUCCCUACGAUUUCAUGCGAAUGCAGAACUGCAAGACGUUCAAGUUUCUCAAGUGCGAGACUUAUCCCAGCAUCAAGCCACCAGUAUCCCAGUGCAGUACUCCGCAGACAGCUGAGUGGUUAGCCGAUGUGGUUGAGGACGCUGGCUGCGGACGAUACUUUGAUAUGGAGCAGGACGAUGUCAUGGACGUCUGGAGAGAAAGCCCAAAUAAGCAGACGCUGAGCUACUACGGCGUGGCCUCGGCCCAUCACCAACCGGAGGCAUUAAUGUUCAAUAGGGUGAUCGCAAGAUCUCUCGAAAAGGCAACCGCAGUGAAGCCUGCAUCGCGCAAGCCCGAGGUCACAAAACCGCAGAUCAUGCCAUAUGCAUCAUGGCCCUGUGGGAAAUUUGUGCUCAAUCGUCAGUUGCUGCAGGCAAAAGUCACCAACAUGCCCACAGUACAAAAAAAAAUUGCCCCAAGCGAGGCAUUCACCAUGUUGCACUGCCCCCAACCGACAGAAACUGUGCAUCCGUUUCUCGAGAGCCAACCCAAAGUUGCUUUAACAAGUGCCCUCGAUAUGGACCGACCAGUUCCAAAGCCCAAGCACGGGCUUAGGCGCAAACACAAAUAUUGCGAAUUGCAAUGUCAUAUUCCGGAGAAUAAAUGCACGGACUAUGAAUGGAGAAAAUACAAGCAAGAUCCCAAGCCCAUUGAAGCGGCCUUUGAGAAGGAGAUGGAAGAGAUGGAGAAAGGAGAGCCUGAGCCUAGAAACUACGAUGAGCUAUACUCACACCUAGUGACCUGCUUUGAAACUGAGGACAAGGACCCAUUGUGUGAUUAUUAUGAAAAGUGCUGUAUGCCUCCCCCGAAACAUGCUCCGGAGGUUCCUAGUGGAGGCUCGCGUGUUCCCGAAAAAGGUGUUCACCGUCGCCCUCCCAGAGUCCCUCGCCCCGCAGAUGAUGACGGUCCUGAAAAACCUGUGGGGCAUAAGCCAAAAAUACCCAAGCCACCCUCGUUAGUGGGUGCUGAAUCUGGCGAUGGAACGCAGCCAGAAAAACCAGUCAAAGAAAAACCAAUCAAAGAAAAACCAGUCAAAGAAAAACCAGUCAAAGAAAAACCAAAGAAAGAGGAAAAACCAGAAAAGGAAAAACCUGUAAAGCCAGUUAAGGAAAAACCAGAAAAGCCAGUUAAGGAAAAACCUGUGCCUAUUGGCACCUCGGAAGCAGACUACCCCCCUGAAGAAAAGAAACCCCCUAAAGAAGGAAAGCCAGACAAACCGGGCAAAAAAACACCUGUAGAAGAGCCUCCCCCAACAGUACAGCCUGAAAUUGUACCUGGAGAUCAGCAGCCACCAGCUCCCGUUCCAAGCACUAAGCCUGAACUGCCUAAGCAGCCGAGGAGGCCAACUGAAGGAAAGGAAAAACCACCCAAAAAGCAUCCAAAAAAACCUAAAAAACCCAAACAAGUUGAACCACCUGUUACAGACCCGUGUAGCCCGGCCAAUGACUGUCCCUGUGAAAUUUGCGAAUUCAUGAAACGGCGACAGAAGGAGUCGGAUACCCCACUAAUUCGUCAACUGAAGCAGGAAGAAAAGCGGCGGCAGCUUCGGGAUUACUACAAACGGAUGUGCCAUCGCGAAUAUCUCAAGUGGCGGAAGCCUGAGUACCACGCGCCUCAGCACAAGUGCGAUGGUAUUGUGUGCGACAAUUUCUUCUGCCAGAACCCCAAAUUAGGGGAGUACUGCGAAUGCUUGGAUGCCAUGCAGAAGCUGCAAAAACUGCUUGGACCCAAACAUCGCAUUGUAAAGAAUGAGCUGAUAUUCAAUGUAGAGGAUCUGAGGCGUCGUAUAUGUAGGCGUUUUUGUGAUUGCCUUUAGAUAUCAUUCUCAAUGGAAUUUGUGUUGUCUAAGAAGUGGGUGUCUAGCAGAAUUGCGAACUGGUGUAACUUGGAUAUUUUCUCGGUGUUAACUUGAAAGUGUGCCUAAUAUGUUUCGAUCCCAUUGAGUAAAUCAGUAUGUUGUUCUUCUUUUGCCAAAA